CUCCUUUUACCUGCGAUGUUUCUCACAGGAUCGUCUGCCACCUCUGAGAUGAAGGACAGAGACAGAUCUUCAAGAGUACCAAAGAGUAUCAUUGGAUGCAGUGAGCCCCCUGAAAUCCCACAUGCAGUCAUCAUUAAUCAGGAACAGCAGAGGUUUUUUGAUGCAGGUACAAAAGUGCAGUAUGAAUGUGAAGAUGGAUAUACUGUAGAGAGAGAUGAGACGAAAACCAUCACUUGCAUAGCUGGACACUGGACCAAAGGCCCAACAUGCCUCACCCCAUGUGGAGUAGUCCCAGUUGUUCCAGACGCUGUUGUUAUGGAAGAGAAGCCAACGUUUGUGAGAUACAGAUGUAGUGUCUAUUACACACAAGUUGGUCCAGAGAUUGUGACCUGUAACAGAAGUGAAUGGACACAGCUUCCCACCUGUAAAGAGCGAAAGACAUUCUGUGAAGUGGAUCCUGCUCUAUAUGGGAGACAGCUAUCUCUAUCUGCAGUUGUACGUAUAAAAGAAGGACAUUGGAUGGAUAUUCAGUGUGUUCAGAGUUACAUCUUCAGCCGUGUUGAGUGUCUUAAUGGACAAAUUCAUUAUACCACGUGUUCACCGUCCUGUAGUGCUCCCAGACUGGUUGGUGGUUUCUUUGUACCGAAACAACAGAACUAUUCUCAUGGAGCAAAGUUGACCUAUACCUGCUACGAUGGAUGGAAACUGCCAGUGAAGGGUUGGUGGGCAACAAGCACAUGUCAAAAUGGUAAAUGGUCUCAUGAACCACAAUGUCUAGAGAGUAUCAAUGAAUGCAGUGAGCCCCCUAAAAUCCCACAUGCAGUCAUCAUUAAUGUGGAACACCAGGAGUUUUUUGCUGCAGGUACAAAAGUGCAGUAUGAAUGUGAAGAUGGAUAUACUGUACAUAGAGACAGGACGAAAAACAUCACUUGCAUAGCUGGAAACUGGACCAGAGGCCCAACAUGCCAGAGUAUCACUGCAUGCAGUGAGCCCCCUGAAAUCCCACAUGCAGUCAUCAUUAAUCAGGAACACCAGGAGUUUUUUGCUGCAGGUACAAAAGUGCAGUAUGAAUGUGAAGAUGGAUAUACUGUAGAGAGAGAUGAGACGAAAACCAUCACUUGCAUAGCUGGACACUGGACCAAUGGCCCAACAUGCCGUGCUGCAGAGGUGGAAAAAGCUGUGGAACCCGCCACGUCAGAUGACAGGAAUCCUGCAAGAGGAGGAUCAUCUGCCAACUCUGGGAUGAACGACAGAGACGGAUCUUCAAGAGUACCAAUCACCACAUGUGGAGAUGUUCCAGUUGUUCAAGACGCUGUUAUCGAUGAGAAGCGAACGUUUGUGAGAUACAGAUGUAGUGUCUUUUACACACAAGUUGGUCCAGAGCUUGUGUACUGUAACAGUAAUGGCAGAUGGACACAGCUUCCCACCUGUAAAGUGCGAGAGAGAUUCUGUGAAGUGGAUCCUGCUCUAUAUCAGAGACUAGCUAUAUCUAUAUCUGAAGUUGUACGUAUAACAGAAGGACAACAGAAGAUGAUUCCAUGUAUUUGGCAGGGUGCUUAUCCUCACUGUACUUUGCUGUCUGAUGAAUCAGUUGCUCUCAAAAUGUCCAUCAAGUAUCUUGGAGUCUUCCUUCUGAUUUGGUUUCCUGGAAUCCUACAUGGAUCGUCUGCCACCUCUGAGAUGAACGACAGAGACAGAUCUUCAAGAGUACCAAAGAGUAUCAUUGGAUGCAGUGAGCCCCCUGAAAUCCACCAUGCAGUCAUCAUUAAUCAGGAACAGCAGAGGUUUUUUGAUGCAGGUACAAAACUGCAGUAUGAAUGUGAAGAUGGAUAUACUGUAGAGAGAGAUGAGACGAAAACCAUCACUUGCAUAGCUGGACACUGGACCAAAGGCCCAACAUGCCUCACCCCAUGUGGAGUAGUCCCAGUUGUUCCAGACGCUGUUGUUAUUGAAGAGAAGCCAACGUUUGUGAGAUACAGAUGUAGUGUCUAUUACACACAAGUUGGUCCAGAGAUUGUGACCUGUAACAGCAGUGAAUGGACACAGCUUCCCACCUGUAAAGAGCGAAAGAGAUUCUGUGAAGUGGAUCCUGCUCUAUAUGGGAGACAGCUAUCUCUAUCUGCAGUUGUACGUAUAAAAGAAGGACAUUGGAUGGAUAUUCCGUGUGUUCAGAGUUAUAUCUUCAGCCGUGUUGAGUGUCUUAAUGGACAAAUUCAUUAUACCACGUGUUCACCGUCCUGUAGUGCUCCCAGACUGGUUGGUGGUUUCUUUGUACCGAAACAACAGAACUAUUCUCAUGGAGCAAAGUUGACCUAUACCUGCAACGAUGGAUGGAAACUGCCAGUGAAGGGUUGGUGGGCAACAAGCACAUGUCAAAAUGGUAAAUGGUCUCAUGAACCACAAUGUCUAGGAUCUUCCAGCAGCCCCGGACCGACUGGACCUGCAAUCGUUCCAACCGACUUCUGUCAUGUCGACACUGCACUCUAUCCAGAGUUAAAACCUACUGGAAGUUAUUUUUUAAGAGAUGGUGAGAAGAAGAAAUUGAAAUGUGUGCGAGAUCCAGAGUGGUACACUGAUCAUUUUGUUGAUUUCGAGUGCAAUGACGGAAGACUGACACGUUCCCCCGAAUGUUGUCAAAGGUUGUUAUCAUAUUCAAUUGGAUGCUAAGGCUGUAUCACUAAGGGAGAGAUACUGGGGCCUUUGGAUUUCCUCUCUACUGACUGGAAACUUUUGAGCGACAACAAAGUUGUGAUGAUGCUGAUAAACAAUGUGUUGGAAGUGUCUCAUAUGAAAUUCCUCACAACGUCCUUAAUUUUCCAUUCUGAUUAGUGAUUCAUUUAUUGUUUUAGCAGUAGAACAAACCAAUCAUUUCUGCACUGUUUUGUAACCACAAUUCUUGCUAAGGCUAAAACAUGCAUCACUGACUGGAAACCUUUGAAGUUACAUUUUCAGCUGAAAAUGCAUGUUGCUUAUUAUUUUUGAUCUAUUGAAGAAAAUAAAUAAAUAAAAUGGGGAAAAUUUAAAUGUGGUUGUCUUAUCACUUAA